AUGGAAUCUUCGAGAUUAUAUGGAAUAUUAUCAGUUUUAUACCCGUUUUAUCACAUUUCGAUAGGAAUCAGUUCUCGUUGCAAUGAUUUAGCAUGGAAGGCGUGGGAUAAACGAAACAAGGAACAUAAAGGGCAAGCGAGCUUAACCCCUCCUGACUUGGUAGACUGGUGCAAAAACUACCUGGCUAUAUUUCGUUCGGCUCAAAUUCACAAGAUCUCUCCACAACGGUAUGCCCACACGAGCACGUGGCAUCCUCCGCCAGUUGGUCCUGUUAAAAUCAAUACGGACGCAGCAGUUUCUUCGGGGAAUCUUUUCUUUUCCGUCGGGAUGGUAGCGAGGAAUGAUGAGGGCCAAUGCAUUUGGUGGAGAGUGAUUAAGUUACCCGGCAACUUACAUCCUGCAGAAUGUGAAGCAACGGCAGCGCUCAAGGCGCUACUCUUGGCGCGAGAAAAAGGGUGGACAAAUGUGGUGGUUGAGGGUGACAAUCUCCAAGUUAUCACAGCUUUGCAACAUGGCGAAAGCGAUUUGUCGUCCUUUGGUUUAUUGAUAGAUGAGUGUUUGCGCCUUUCUCUGGAUAUAGAAUAUUGUUCUUUUAAUUUCGUCAAGCGUACGGGGAAUUUGUUAGCCCACGCUAUUGCUCACUUUGAUUGCAACUUUCUAUCGGAGGGAUUAGUUUUACCCUCGAUCUUGGCUGGUUAG